AUGAAGUCCCACCGGUGCACAGUUCAAGCCAUCUUCCGACUGUCGACGGCAACAGAGACUCCUUCCCACGGCAUCUGUCCCGACGAAGGCCCGUUGGUGCGCAGUUCAAGCCAUCUUCCGACUGUCGACGGCAACAGAGACUCCUUCCCACGGAUCAAGCUAAUUUUAAUGGAGUUGUCGUUGGUUGAAUCUACGAGUUGUCGUAGGUUGAAUUUUGAUGGAAACGAAGACUGUCAGGAUAAUGAGUUUGAUGUUAUCGAUGAGGGUAUGGACUCUACCAUGUUAUUGAUGAGUGAUAACACAUCUAUCAUAGAAGAAUUUAUGCCAAAAAUUGGUAUGGAAUUUAAGACAGAAGAGGAUGCCUAUGAAUUUUAUUUGAAAUAUGCUAAACAAGUUGGAUUUGGCAUAAGAAGGAGUAAAAGCCACAAUGAUAAAUCGGGUAAAUUAGUUGACAGGAUUUUUUAUUGUUGUGCACAAGGAAAAAGGGGAAAAGACAAACGAGAUGUUUAUGUGAAAUCUCAUCGUCCUGAAACAAGGUUUGGUUGUGAGGCUAAAAUGAAGAUUAGUUGUCGAAAAAAUGGCAACUUGAGUGUGGAGCAAUUUGUUAAAGAGCAUAAUCAUUAUGUUUCAAGUCCAAACAAAACUCACCUUUACAAAAGUCAUAGAAAUAUAUCUGCUUCUGCGGCAAUACAGAUUGAGAUGGCAAGUGAUGUGGGAAUUCCCCCAAAAGCAUCUCAUGAUCUUAUGGUGAAACAAGUAGGUGGGAGGGAGAAUUUAGGUUUUAUUCAUCAAGAUUACAACAACUACUUGCGAUCCAAAAGAACAAGAAAUAUUAGAGUUGGUGAUACAAGAGUUGAUGAAGAUGAUUUUAUAACUAAUAUUUUUUGGUGUGAUGCUAAAAUGAGAGCUGAUUAUGAUAAUUUUGGAUAUGUUGUUUGCUUUGACACAACAUACAGGAAGAAUAAUGAAGGUCGUCCAAUUGCGUUGUUUGUGGGUAUUAAUCAUCAUAAGCAGUCCAUAAUUUUUGGUGCAGCUUUAUUAUAUGAUGAAACAUCUUUGACAUUCGAGUGGUUGUUUGAUACAUUUACUAAAGCUAUGUGUGAAAAAAAACCAAUAACUAUUCUUACUGAUCAAGAUGCAGCAAUGGCAAAGGCUUUGACUUCCAGAUGGCCUGAAACACAUCAUCGUUUGUGUAUUUGGCACAUUUAUCAGAAUGCAGCAAUACAUUUGAGUGGAGUUUUUUCUGAGUUCAAAGAGUUUACUAAAGAUUUUGCCUCGUGUAUAUAUGAUUUUGAUGAAGAAGAAGAUUUUAUUUCAGCUUGGAACAUGAUGUUGACCAAGUAUGUACUUGAAGACAAUGAUUGGUUGAGACACAAAGGUAGUUUGGAUCCAAAAACUUGCAACAGUAUGCGAUAUAAAGAAUUGAGUGGAUUGUAUGUUCAACUGGUUACCAAGAUAGCAGAGAGGGAAGACACUUACAAGGUUGUUAAAGAUGGUUUGUUGAGUAUGUUUCAGAUGGUGGAUGAGAGGUUACAAGUUAAUGAAUCAACUGUCCAACACUCUAUUGAAAGAAAGUUUGAAAGUGGCGAAGGAAACUCUCUUGGAGUCAAAGGAAUUAAGACAAAGAAGAAAGCGGUUUUAGGAUACGCAAUGUAUUCACUUCCUACCCUCGACUCCACUCUUGGCAACAUCCUUGAAUGUAUAACACUGGUAGCAUUCAAGACAAAGGUCUUCCAUCCAAACAUCAACAGCAAUGGCAACAUUUACUUGGACAUACUCAAGGAUCAAUGA